UUAUGUUACAUACUCUAUGUCGGCGGUCUCAGACAUCUGUGCUGAUAUGUCAUAGGUUACAUCAUUCAGCGAUAAUACACAACUUGAAUGUUGAAACUGAAAGCAGCUUUCAUUCAAUAAAUCCUGCCACUGGACAAUCUGUUGGAAAUGUAAGUAAUUGCUCGAAAGAUGAAACUUUGUCUGCUAUUCAAUCUGCUAAAGAUUGUUUUAAAGUUUAUAAAAGUUCUCUCCAUUCAUCAAGGGCAAAGUUGCUCAUAGACUGGGCUGAUCUCAUCAUGAAGAACAACAAAGAAUUGGCCAAAAUUGUUACAAUGGAGAUGGGAAAGCCCCUCGCUGAAAGCCUUGGUGAAGUGAAUUAUGCCACCAGUUUCUUAUAUCAUUUUGCAGCUCAGAUAAGAAGUGGACUGACUGGAGAAGUUCUGACUCCUGGUAUGGCACAUUGGAGGCCUGUCAACAUUAAGCAACCUGUUGGCCCAGUUGUCACAAUCACUCCUUGGAACUUCCCUGUUGCCAUGGUUACAAGAAAAGCCGGAGCAGCAAUAGCAGCUGGCUGCUCUGUAAUCAAUGCUCCUUCUGAGGAUACUCCCCUAGUGUCUUUAUACAUGGCAAAGUUGGCUGUUGAAGCAGGAUUUCCACCAGGUCUCUUUAAUGUUAUUCCCAGUACAAUUGAAAACAAACGUAUCAUUGGCAAAGUGCUUUGUGAACAUAUAGAUGUAGCUGCCCUUUCGUUCACUGGUUCAACACCUGUUGGCAAACUCUUGUCAAAGCAGUGCUCUGAUACUGUGAAGAGGGUUCACUUGGAACUGGGAGGAAAUGCACCAUUGAUAGUGUUUGAAUCAGCUGAUAUAAAUAGAGCUGUAGAUGGUACCAUGUUGGCAAAGUUCAGAAAUGCUGGGCAAGCUUGUAAUGCUGCUAACAGGAUUCUCGUUCACAAAAGUGUUUAUGCAGAAUUUGUUGAGAAACUUGCAAAAAAAGUUGCAAAACUGAAGAUGGGAAAUGGGCUUGAUAAAGGUAUUAGUGUAGGGCCACUUGUUAACAGCAAAGCUCACACAAAAGUAACAUCAUUGGUUGAAAGUACCCUGGCCUUGAAUACAACAAAUGUGGAGCUGAUAACUGAAAAUCAGGAUGUCAACGACGGUGAACACCCGUUUUACUCACCUGCAAUUUUAUCGUGCAGAGAAAAUAAUGAGUUACCGAUCUUUCACGAGGAGAUAUUUGGACCGGUGGCUUCAUUGUUUAGUUUUGAUACAGAAACCGAAGCGGUUGAGAUGGCUAACAACACACGAUAUGGUUUACAAGCAUACAUUUUCACCCAGGAAUUGUCUCAAGCAUGGAGGGUUUCUGAGAAUUUGGAGUGUGGAAUGGUUGCUGUUAACGAGGGUGCUAUUAGUAGCGCUAACAAUCCAUUUGGAGGCUGGAAGGAGAGUGGAAUUGGUAGAGAAGCUGGACAUUUGGGUAUAGAUGAAUUUACUGAGGAUAAGCUUAUUUGCUUUGGACUUUGAUCUUACUAAGUAACUAAUUUUAAUCUUAUUCGUCACAUCAAACUAAUAUUUAUUUUAUAAAUAGGUAUAUCGCAUUUUAAUGGUCGUUUUGUUUAGGAAUUCUUAAAGGUCUUUAGUUCACAUUUUUAGUGUUUUUAUUAUGGUAUUAUGAUGUAAAUGGUUUUUAAUGUUUUAAGUGAUUUUUGUUAAUGUGAUUUUUUGUGGAAAAAAUUAUGUUUUUAUGAAAUAACCGUUAUAUACUGUAUAUCACUUCUUUGUUGUCGAAGCUAAUAUUAGCAAAUUUGAAAUUAAUGACACGAUGCAAAUUCGAUCGAAUAAUUGAUUUAAAAUG